UGGGCUGACGGUCAUACUCAGAGCUGUGAGGGCUACCCACACAUUCUGGUGGAUCAGAGGUCACCUUAUUAAGAUUCAGUCUUUUUUUAAAAGCAUUUCUUCAUUUUUCUUUUCACUUUUAUUGAAAUAACAUACGGAAACGUAGGAGGUUAGAAGAACACAUAGUGAGGAAAGUGGAAUCUAGAAUUUCAACUUUCCCAGAGAAUUAUACAUCACUAUGGAGCCCAACAGUCCCAAGAAGAUCCAAUUUGAUGUGCCACCCUUUCAAAGUCAGUUGGACCCUCAGGCUGCUGAGCACAUUCGUAGGAGAAGACCUACCCCUGCAACACUGGUCAUCUACCAUGAGUCUUCUUCUGGUGCAGAAGCAGAUGAAAUGCGAACAACAAGUAGCAGUAUGAGCGAUCUCAAGGAAAUAGAUGUUUCUCCAGCACAGAGGAAGCAGAGCACAUUCAUCCCACCCAGCAUGAAAGGGAAAAUAACAAAAAGCCAGAAGGCAUCUUCCUUACCUGAAGAGGAGGAGGUCACAAAUACCCAGCAUUGAGAUCAACAGCCGGGAAAUGGAUGCUUCUGCUUCCCAUUCACAGCCCAGAUGGAUGGAUGGUGAAAUGAGGACAAUAAAAACUAGCAUUUUCAGCUGAAAAAUGCAAUGUUCUCAUUCCGUACCUAAGUAGGAUAUGAUUUGUCAUUAUGGUUAUGUCUUUCCUGAGUUUUGCUUUGAUCUACACCUUGACAAGUUUGAAGAUGCUGUUGUUUAUUUGCUUAAGAAAAUGUAGUUUUUGUUUGUUCAAUCUGUUCUAUUCAACUGGUCUGAAAUCAAACAAAAAAAUCAAACAAUAAUGUAUUUUUUAUUUUUUAUGUAAGGAAAGCUAAACUGCCUUGAAACGUUCAUGUGCAUGCACACUGAAUGGCGGUGGAAUGGGAAAAGUUGAAGGUCUGGCUUAGCAUGCCUUUCAUUAUGGUCUUUAGAACAGCCUUGAGAGUGAAUCUGUGUCAGCCUCAGUGAUAAUUGCAUACGAGUUGUUAAACUAAACCAUCUGAAAUGUUUUUUAUGUCAAGGUAUCAAAUCAAUUAUGAUUUUGUGGUUACAAAAUUUAAAGUAAACUAAUUGUUAUGUUUGGAAAUUAUUUGAAUGUACUCCAAAUUAAGUAGUUUGGUUAGAGAAUUCCAAAUGGAACUUGGAAUCAGUUGAGAAAAUGUUUUAUAUAUACAAUAAAUAUUUGUUUGUAUUUGUAAAUUAUUAUGUUUAUCCACAGCUGAAAAGUGUUCUAAUAGUUUGCAACUUCUAAUACAGGUUUGGUUAUGAUAAAAUAAAGCAGUUGGCUUUGGAUCAUAUGUUUUAUUUAUAUACAUUUAGGCCUAUAUGAAAGUUUUUUUGCAACUUGAACUAAAUAGUACUUUUUAAAGUGUACAGUGCCUUGUGAAAAUAUUCACCCACCUUGGC